AUGGCCACAGCGUCUCUGCGGCAUCUUCUUCUGCUCGUAUCCUCGCUUGUCACGGUCGUCUUCUCGCUCGAGGUUACACCCGACUCAGACUGUGCGGCUUUGUGCUUGGGUGGGCCAAACGGAACAGCAAUCGAUACGACGACGACAUCGGGGACCAACUCGUCCGACAUAGUCUGCGAAGACAACCAAUACCACUUGACGGGCAAGGGAAUCAAGUUUAGGAACUGCGUCUCGUGCCUGCAGAAGAGCCAGGCGUCCAAAGGAGCGCAAAGUGACGCCUCUUGGUUUCUGUACAAUAUCCGUUACGCAGUAGACGUCUGCCUCUUCGACUUCCCAGACGCCAUCUCCCAAAUAAACUCCCCGUGUAUCAUCAAUAGCGCCUGUCGGCCGCUGAAGAACGCCCUCGCAACAGCUCUAACCACGCCAGACGCCAACGCGGCAUACGACUACUGCACCGCCGACGGAGACAGGUUUUCAAGCUCAAACUGGUGGUCUUGUGUCCGGUGUCUACAAUCAAGCGAUAGCCAAAGCUACCUCUCAAACUUCUUGAUUGCUCUCAAAGCCGGCUGCCAGCAAAAGCCCGCCAACGGGACCCUCAUCGGCCUGACCGGCCAGCUCUUCUCCACGGAAGCCGUCAACAUCACAGAGUCGAGCACAAACACGACACUCCCGGGUGACGGCGGCGCCUCCUCGACCACCAUGACGCUCGGCACCAUCGUCGGCAUCGCCGUCGGCGGCGGCCUUGUCUUCGUCGGCGCGAUUUGCCUCUUCAUCAUCUACUGCCGCAAGCAGCGCAAGCAAAGAAUGCAAGACGAGGCGUCCUACUAUUUCCAUCACAACCAGCACCAGCACCCGCCCGGGAGCUACACAAGCUCCUUCACAGCCAUCAGCCAGAGCCCCUAUCUCCACAUUGGCGAGCACAAAAAGUCGUCGUCCAUCAACUCGUACAACUACGAGCUGCAAGAGAAGAACCUGAACUCGAACAGCUUCAGCAACAACGCAGAGUACUACGACAAGCUGGAGCAGGAGGUCCAGGCCGGGCGCGACACCGCCCGCUACAACUUUGACCCGCACUCGGGCUUCCACGGCCCCAGUAGCGCCCUGCCGACGCACCCGGCCUACAUCCCCCGCGCCAUGAGCCGCCAGUCGAACCGCAGCACGCCGACCCCGACGCCGCCGAACCCCCGCAAGACCAACACACCCGACUCGUACGCCCUGCAAACGUACCUCAGCGCGGCAGAGGAGCCGUCCACCAUCAGGCCCCCGCCACGCGCCGUGUCUCGGACGCCGUCGCCUGCUCGGUCCCAAGGGUCGUCGUACACCAAUAAUAACAUACCAAAAGUGGUGAACAUCCCGCCGCCGCCACCGGGUAAAACUUCCGGUCGAAAACAGCCCAGGAAGAUCCCCUCCCUAUCCCUCCCCUCGGUACCGCGCAUACGCGUGCCGAAGCAGUACUCCCCGCCCUCCAUCACCGUCCAAGACGCCACGCCAAUAGCGGACCGUGGCGAGACGAGCGAGAUGCAGAUAUCGCACCCCCUGGCCUUCCACGAGGAGAGGUUCAGGGACUUGCCGCUCGCUGGCCGGUCGGCGAUAAUAACACACGAGGUGCCGGUACGGGUCGAGCCUGAAGAAUACGAGGGUGACAUGCCGAUUCGGAGCGGCAAGAGCGUUCUUUAUGGAUAG